AUGACGAGGUGCGGACAGCAGUUCCCCUCGACCAUCAGCGUCAUGGUCCGAGCCCUCACGUUCGAUCAGGGCGGCGGCGGGCACUUCCGACAUGAACGCGGGUCAGUGCGCUUCACAGUUCCAGGCCCCGACUCGUCCACCACGGAGUCGCAACCGUCCCCGUUCCAGAACAUCAGCGUCAGCAAGAACAGCCAGCAGGGCAGGGGGGCCACCGCCGCGGGCGGCGGGGCCGACCCUGGGCCCCCCCCCGCGGGCAUGACCGCCUCCGCGGGCAUGGCCGCUUCCGCGGGCAUGACCGCCCCCGCGGGCGGGGCCGCCCACGCGGGCGUCGCCGCGAAGCUCCCGCCAACCCCCACACAGGGCACCGAUGCGAAGGACAUCGGCCAGCAUGCGAUCGCGCGGGAUCUUUCCGCGCAGGGCAUCACCGCGGACGGAGCCGAGCAGCAGGAGGCCGCGCCCGCCGCGCAGGACACCGCCGCGCAGGGCCGACCUUGCAUUGGAGCCAUCACGCACGGCACCGCCGUGCAUGACAUGCCGCAGGACGUCGCCGUGCAUGCAGGCAUCACCGCCGCGCAGGACAUCUUUCAUCACGGCGUUGCCACGCCUGUCCGCGCGCCAUCGUUCAUCGCCACCCCGCACGUCUCGAAUGGCGUCCAGGGCAUCUUCAUUCAGGGCAUCGGCAGCCAAUAUGACAUCGCCUCGGCGGGUGCCGCGCCCAGGACGCCAGAACAUUUGCUCACGCGCCAGGUGGCCGAGAACAACGUGCACGCCGCGGGCUACGGCGGCGGCGACAUUCAGACGGGCGGCAUCGGCUCUGACAUGCAGAUGUACGGCGGCAGCCAGCUCAGUUGGUUGCAGGGCAGUCCGAGGGCCCCACCCGCAGGCCCGCGGCCACCGUUGUUUCCGCCUCCCAGGUACAUGGUGCCGCCCCCUGCUGUAUCAAAGGCAGCUGCGCCCCCGCGGCCUCUCAUCUUGACGGUGACGAAGGCCCCGUUCCAGGCAAUGCCGCCGCCGACGGCUUACUCGCCCUACGGCUAG